UUUUCCUCUCUCUCACAGCUCUGUGCAGUGAAAAACCUGUUCUACUUCAAGUCCUGUCCUUGUAACUAGUUCCCCCCUGCUCCAUGUAAGUAGGAGCAUGUAGACAUAAAGAAAAUUAUGGCAUGUAGCCACUUUUUUGCCAAACCACUAUAGAUUUAAUUAGAUUCAUUGUUCGAUUCAUAGCAGAUUAAUAGAUCUAACAUUCACCAACUUAAUCAUAUAUUAGACUGAGUUCUUCAUAUGAAUCAAGUAGAGCAUCAACAUCUUCAUAGAUAUCCUUAUACUUAAGUCCUAAUUAUUAAGUCUUGAGACAGUACCUCGUGCUAGGUAAAUGAGUGAAUGAGUGAAUACUUCAUAUUUAUCUCUUACUUCCUCAUUCUAUAGUAGGCCCCAACCUAACCUAACCUAACUUCUAUAGUAGUACUACUUGUAGAGCUAGAGGACCACCAUCAAGUAGUUAAAAAGAAGAAAAAUGACUAGUUCUUGCGGAAACGACGAUCCUCUAGCGCCAGACGGUGAAUUCUCAUCGGGUGAUUACGACUGGGGUCAUCCCUUAGCGGAAGAAAUUUAUUUAUCUCUACGUGCAAUCACGGAUCCAGAGAAGCCUUACACCUUGGAGGAAUUAGAAGUGGUGUAUCCCGAAGUUAAGAAAUUCAAAAAAAAAACGAUAUGUAUUAUGAUAAGGCUUUUUCUCGCGAUACUUCUUGUCUAGAGUACGUAGAGGUAGACUUUGUCAUCAUAGAUGUAGAUCAUACUACUGUGUAUAACGGCUUUUUUCGUGAUAUUACUUAGACUAUAAGUAAAAAGAUUAGAAGAUUAGACGAAGAUUUGACGAUGUCAACAUCGUACUAGGUAUUCAUAUACUACUAGGCUCUACUUUUUCUUCUAUGCCUCUAAUUUUGGCAUUGUCGUAAUUUGUGAGGAUAAGACACGCAGACUGACUGUGAAGAAGACAAUAGCUGCUUCUGCUGCGUCUGCAUGUUGCGGAGGAGGAUCUUGCAAUAGUACCGAUGAUAUUGCCACUGCUACAUCAAAAGCAGGAGAUGAAAAUUCUCCUGCAGAAGUACCAGAAGAUGCAGCUCAUGUGGUCCCGGCCCCUGGAACAACUACGGUAGGUGGUAGCACCGGAAGCACCAGCAGUACCUUCACAUCUCCGAAAAGCAUUUUAUCACCUAAAAGUAGCACGAGUGGGGAUACAUUCGAGGAGACUGCCAGAUCGAUGAACAGGCUGCUAGCAAGUGCUGGUGGAGAAGGACCCUGGACGUUAAGAACGAAUUGAAACUUGAGUUUUCCCUUGAUAAAAACCACCUUUUUGAAGCAUGAAGAUAACUACCUUUUUGACUGUCCCACAUUUAUUUUUGACUGCUCGUGAUCGUGUGUGGAUUUUUACGGGGAGAAGUUGCAGUAGGGUUAUCUAUAAUUAUAUAUAAAUAAUGACGAUACCGCCGCCGCCUGCUGACUUAGAGACUUGACUGAAGUCCUCUUUACAUUCUUACUCCUUCGAAAUACUGAUCUUAGAAAGUCCUAGGUCCAUCUUAUUAUAAAUCAUGACUAGUGCUGCGAGAUCAUCACGAAGUCGACGUGGAUAACUAGUAGAAGUAGCCGGUGCUGUUUUCACAGACCACUUCUAGACUGAAACAUAUGUUCACUACUUAUGUGACUUCUAUGACCACUUCUAGAGGGGACUGAAACAUAUGUUCACUACUUAUGUGACUAUUGAUCACCUCGAGCAAAUUGACUAUCACUUGUCUAAAAAACGACGAGAAAAAAGAUGAAUCCGGAGAAGUUAUACCUAGUAACGCUACGGCUACACCAGCACAUCAUCCACAACUACUACAUCAACAAGGAGCUUCUUCAUGCGGUUGUGCCUCAGAAGUUGGCCAGAAUAAUGAUCAGCAGAAAGACCAAGAUGAACCAGCAUCUGCUACUUUAGAACCAGCAUCUACUUCAUUACCUCCCAAUCUCAUACCCAUACCCUGUAGUUCAAGUUCUCCUGGCGUCCCUCGUUUUGUCGAGAUAACGUUUAAACCGACGUCUCCAGUGUGUAGUCUGGCAACUUUGAUCGGCCUCGCGAUCAUGCACAAGAUGAAGGUCGAAAUACCUACAGACUGCGGCUAUCCGAAAUUCCAGAUCAAAAUUUUGGAGUUAUGCAGCUCAGGUUCAUCUUGAGACAUAAUAUUUAGUAGAUGGAAAUGGAAUGCAACUCAUGACGUUCUUGAGACAUUAUUAUAUUUAGCACAUUUAUAGUAUCUACAUUUACCUCGUCUUGCUAGGCACAUGCAUACAUACAUUUAUACAUACAUACAUACAUUUAUACAUUUAUACAUACAUACAUACAUUUAUACAUUUAUACAUACAUACAUACAUACAUACAUACAGAUACAUACAGUACAUACAGCAUAAGGGAGAGGAAUUGUUCCCCAUUCCAAUGGGACGAAUGGAAGACAAUUCUAGUCCUUGGUUCCCUUCCAUUUCUAAGCGUCGUUUCCUUAUAAAUUCCUCUACAACCAGCAGUAGAGUUAUCGUCCUACUUGUUUUAUAAAUAUCCAUUGCUAAUCCUAGUACACCUACUUGGAGGUUCAUUAUCUUCUCCUUAGAGAAAUUAUAGAUACUCCUUGCUGGUUCCCAGUAAUGGGAAUUUCCAUGAUUUCUAAUCGUCGGUUCCCAUCAGCAAGGUGAUGCAGUGACGAAGCAGUUGAAUGAUAAGGAGAGGAGGUAUGCAGCCAUGGAAAACCCUGACAUUGCAAGGGCCAUAAGAGAAGCUUGUAAAAUGGAGGGGGACUAUGAUGAAUGAAAAUAGGGAAGAUCCGCAACCCUGACAUUGCAAGGGCCAUAAGAGAAGCUUGUAAAAUGGAGUAUGAUGAAUGAAGAUAGGGAAGAUCCGCUGCCAUCAAAGAAGGAGAAGCUACGUCGUGAGCCAUCAACAGAAGCUAUCAAUCCCUCUCCUCUACUUUUUUCCAAGUCAAUGGCCAUAGGGAUAGGGUCAACGUGGAGGUGGAUGUGAGUCUAGUAUGAAUUCUGGUGCAAGAAUAAAGACUGGGCACAAGAGGAGCUUAUAGUCUGAUAAAGAUACCCCAGCACAGGCAGGAUCCGGCGUCCUUGGUUGACUGCCUUCUCCAUUCCCGAAAUGAACCCUGCUCCACAUCAAACACCCAGACGUGUUGGAGUUGAACUUGGUAUCAUGGAUGCUAGUUUGUUCCUUGUUCGUGUUGGUAAAUUCAUUAUCUGACCUCGCCUCGUCUCCUAAUAUAUAGAAAGCACAUGAUGAAGUCCAAAGGCUAAAUACUGCCAAAACAAACAACACCGCUAGAAGUAUAGGUACAAUCAUUGCCAUUAUCCUCUGAAACAAUCUGUGGAGCAGAUACAUGUCCGGCAACAUUCUGUACAAGAACUCUGUUGCAAGCAAAACUUGUAUUCUGUGAGGACUACAGUCAACGAA